UUCAAUAUAUACAUAUAUUGGCUCGAUCGUCGUGUUGGGUCCCCGAUGGUGCCCAACGACGACGGAUCAGUGAAUGAUGAUGGGCUUUUAUGUUUGAGUGGCGGAGCUGGAGGAGGAGGAGGAGGAGGAGAUGGGGGUUUUGGUGGUGGUGGUGGUGGCGCAACGUCAAUGACGACAUCGGGGAAGACGCUGAAGAAGGGCCCAUGGACGACGGCGGAGGACGCGAUCUUGGUAGAGUACGUGAGGAAGCACGGGGAAGGCAACUGGAAUGCCGUGCAGAGGAACUCCGGGUUGGCCCGCUGCGGCAAGAGCUGCCGCUUGCGCUGGGCCAACCACCUCCGCCCUAAUCUCAAGAAGGGUGCCUUCACUCCCGAUGAGGAACGCAUUAUUUUCGAGCUCCACGCCAGAUACGGCAACAAAUGGGCUCGCAUGGCCACUCACUUGCCUGGUCGAACAGACAAUGAAAUCAAGAAUUUCUGGAACACGAGAGUGAAGCGGCGACUCCGGCAAGGCCUACCCUUGUACCCACUAGACAUACAUCCCGUCCAUUCUACCAACGCCGUCUCCGCUGCCGCCUAUAGCCUUCAGAACGCCCUCAUUAGCCCCCGCGCCCUCCACCACCAAUCGCCCCUCUCCCCCUCCCUCUCUCUCCCCACCCACCUCUCCUCCCCUCAUCACCAACUCUCCUCUGCCACCCCUAUCUCCUCCCCCCACUCUCUUUCCUCCCCUCACCACCACCACCACCACCUCUUCCUGCCAUCACCCACUCUCUCUCAUUCCCCCCUCUCUCCUCCUCCUCACCCUCACACCCCCAUUCCCCACUCCCCUCCCAUCCUCUCUCCGCCUCUCUACCGAUUCGGCCGCCUCCGCAACACCGGCGCUCCCCUCACCCCUUCCAUCCCCCACAGCCAACCCCCGGUCGCGCCAUCUCCCAUCCUCAGUUCUCCUCUCUCCACCCCGCUCUCAUCCCAAAUGUCCACGCCCCAAUUAAGCCCAAUCCAUUUCGAACCCAAGUCCCCUCCAGCUCAGCAAACUCAAUUUCGGAUGGACGAAAUUGGGGCUACGCCCGGAUUGGGUUUAGUCCUCAAACCGGAGUUCCCUUCAAACCAAAUAUUUCAAACAAUGCCCAUUAGCGAGCCGAUGAAGACACAGCGGCAUCAAUCGAGUCAGGGCGACGGCGGAUUGCUAGAUGAUUUGCUGAAAGAGGCACAGACCAUGGUGGGCAUUAGAGCAGGAGAUGGCUUGGAAGAUCAGAAACGCAGUCCCACCAAUGGGUUUGGGUCGUGGUUCAGCGAUAGCACUGGCAACCUCGAGUCAGAACCCAUCGGCCAUUGGAAUGAUUCCAGCUCUGUUCAUUCCUCUGCAGGAGCGAUGAAGAUGAAUGAAGAAGCAGGGGAAUGCUUGCAGGGGGAGGAAGACGAGGACUUGACAGACCUGCUAAUAAAUGCAUAUCCAUUCGGCAUGAAGGUCCCAGACUGGUGCAGCAGCAGCGGCGAUGAGCUAAACGGGCAAUCCUCAGGCUUGACAGAUGACAGUGGUGUGGUGAAGACGACGCAGCAUCCUCAACGCCAGCCUUCUUCAUCCUUAUCGACUGACAAUGCUUCCUGCUCUUCUUGGAGCUACAUGCCCCGCAUCUGCUAGCUACCUCAAUCUGAAUAUUCAUUGCAUUAAUUUUCCAAAUUACACUGCAUUUUUUUUGUUGGUGGAUUUGUAAAAACAAAAAAGGUGGUCUUAUUAUCAUCAUCUGUUCUUCUACCUUAUAUACUGCUAUAACGUUUAAAAUUUUGAGAAGUGAAUAGACUAUGGAAAUGGAGUACAUUUUGUGCCAAAA